AACCCGGACAAGUUAUUAGUUUAAAAAAAGAAAAGGUUAAGGAAAACAAACUUAUCAAAAAUAAUUUAGAACAAAAUAUUAAAAUCCCUCCUUAUUUGGCUUUUGACAAAGAAAAAUUAACCAUUACUUACUUACGUUAUCCAACCGCCGAGGAAUUAAGUAAAGAUAUUAAUGUUCCAUUGGUAGUAGAAUGA